AACUGUUCAUUUAUUGGUUAAACUGGUGGACUGUACGCGGAAGUAGUGAAAUUUGUAAGCUGUACUUUAGGGAUAGUAGUUUUUUGUAUGACGCAUAACAGUGUAUAUACUAUCAGUUAAAGACGCUAACAUUUAUUAUCCUUUUCACACAAUUUUUUCUUAUUCUUUUUGAGCAUAUAUGACACGCCCGAAUUUCAAAAGUUUUUAUUAUAUAGGAUAGGUUAUGACGCAAAGAAAGGAAACGGGAAAUAAAAGCUUCACUGACGUAGUCGCGUGUGUCAGAAGUUGUCCGGAUAGACUGUGUUUUUGUUAAGCUGCUAUAACUUGCAGCGUUAUGUUCUGUUCUUAAAUGCCAUGGGGAAGGACUAUUACAAAAUUCUUGGCUUAAGCAGAAAUGCUUCAGACGAAGAAAUUAAGAAGGCAUAUCGAAAGUUAGCUCUAAAGUUCCAUCCCGAUAAGAAUAAAAAUCCCGAGGCAGAAGAAAGGUUCAAGGAAGUGGCAGAAGCUUAUGAAGUGCUAAGUGAUAAAAACAAGAAAGAAAUAUAUGAUCAGUAUGGUGAAGAAGGACUGAAAGGAGGUAGUGGAGGAGGUGGCGGUGGAGGUGGCUCAGGGCCACAGUUUACUUAUACGUUUCAUGGAGACCCUAGAGCCACUUUUGCCCAAUUCUUUGGAACUGAUAACCCAUUUGAAAGCUUUUUUCUCAAUGGUGGGCACGGAGGGGGGCCAAAUCUUUUUUUUAUGGAUGAUGAUAUGAACAUUGAAUCUGAUCUGUUUGCUUCACCCUUCGGAGUUAGUGGUCGUAAUAACCCUUUCCGCUCCCAGAGUUUUACUGCAGGGAGCCCAAAUUUGAAUAGAUCAAAGCCAAACAAGCAAGACCCACCGGUUGAACAUGAUCUUUAUCUCUCUCUGGAAGAAGCCUUCAGGGGUUGCACUAAGAAAAUGAAGAUCAGUAGGAGAGUCCUAAACCCCGAUGGUCGUUCAACACGACGAGAAGAAAAGGUGCUGACAAUAAACAUUAAACCUGGUUGGAAAGCGGGCACCAAGAUUACUUUUCAGCGAGAGGGAGACCAAGGUUUCAGCACUAUACCUGCUGACAUAGUCUUUGUCAUUAGGGACAAACCUCACUCAAUGUUUAAACGAGAAGGCAGUGAUGUUAGAUAUGUGAUUAAACUCAGUUUGAAAGAGGCAUUAUGUGGAACUAGCUUUGAUGUGCCUACCCUAACGGGAGAAAAACUGACCCUUCGUAUCAAAGAUGUCAUUAAACCUAACAUGGUUCGUCGCAUCGUGGGGCAAGGUCUUCCAUACCCCAAGGAGCCAAAUCGAAGAGGUGACAUGAAUGUGGUCUUUGACAUAAGGUUUCCUGACACUUUAACCGAAUCCACAAAACAAAUAUUGUGGGAUUGCUUACCUUAACUCUCCUAGACAUGAAGAUGAACAUGAAAUUCUUGUUGUUGCUUUAUUUCAACAAAUUCGUUUUGCACAGAGAUAAUGAGACCUCAACAAUGAUUGACUUUAAAAUUAUGUUAUAACAACUUGUAUGCUCAUAUUUUUUUUUUAAUCAGUAUCAAACCAGAAAGUCCUGUCACAGAAGAUGCUAAGCCUAUGUUAUAGUAAAUAAUUAUAUAUGUUGUACAAUAAACAUUAAAGACAGCAAA